AUGGCCAUGAUUGAGCGGUGGAGGACUGAGACACACACUUUUCACCUACCCUUUGGAGAGGUCACUUUGACCUUGCAAGAUAUCCAAAUUUUUUUUGGAUUGCGCGUUGAGAGAAAUGUUGUGACAUAUAGAGAUCAAAUGCAUCAUAGUUUAGAUUGGGCUAUGUUACUCCAAGAUCUUACUGGCUUCAACACUGCACCGAAGGGUUUUUCAGGGACUAUCCAUCUUUACAUACGUGCAUUAGUCAAGUAUAUUCAGCAACAGGCUGUUCAAGAUCCCAUUACAGACGAUACUCUUAAUGAUAGAGUUCAUAGGAUCUCUCGACUGUACAUGCUGUUGAUUUUAGGAGCUAUCCUAUUUCCGAACACAUCGGAGAAUCGCUUAAGUCUGCAGUUCUUGUACUUUCUUGUUGAUCUUGACGAGACGGGGACUUACAGCUGGGACAGCGCUGUUCUAGCCUAUCUUUACCAUUGUCUUUGUCAGAUAUCUAUUGAUGGGAAAAAACUUGGAGGAUUCGUUCCUCUUCUCCAGGUAUGGACUUGUGAGAGGGUCCUUCCCUUCCGACCAAUACCAAAAUGUAUUGUUAGGAUUGAGCCAUUGAUGCCAUAUGGUAGGAAGUGGAUGCGAAGGGGUUAA